AUGGCGGGGAGAAUGCGGUUCCUGGCUUGGCUGAUGGUAGCCAUUUGCCUCUUCCCUGGGGUGACUACAACCCAGCACCACGCAGGGCAGCCCAUGGACAACACCACUGUGGGAGGUGGCCUGCAGGAGCCAGAGGUCCCGGAAGUGAUGUUUGAGCUGCUCUGGGCUGGGCUGCAGCUGGAUGUCAUGGGGCAGCUGCACAUCCAGGACGAGGAACUGGCAUCCACACGUCCGGGCCACCGACUCAGGCUCCUCCUGCAGCACCAGGUGCCCAGUGACUUGCAGGGUGCUGAGCGGCGGCUGCAACAGUUCCAGAACCUGCGGAAGGGGCCUCCUCUUAGCCCUUGGGACUUUGAACGUCUGCUCCUCACAGGCCUAUCGUGUGUCUACCGGCUCCACAAGGCUUUCGAGGCUGAGGAGAGGGGUCGCUGGGCGCAGGUCUUCACCCUCCUGGCACAGGAAACACUCUGGGACCUGUGCAAAGGCUUCUGUCCCCAGGGCCAGCCCCCUUCUUUGGGGCCCUGGGCCUCAAUCCUUGACCCCUUCCCCUGACCCUCCCCUUUCACCUGACAGCCCCCCAAUCCCCACCCCUAAGCCAGACCCAUCCUAGGCAGGGGCUUCCACCCGGUGCUUGGUUCUUCCCACUGUGUUCAGGUCUCUGGGCUUGGCUUGCAGCCUGGACUCCUGUUUACUUCUCCCCCUCCUUCCUUGGGUCCUGAUAGACUAAGAGCUUGGGCUCUGGGUCCUGGGCAGCAGGUAUAGAGCUGAAGGCAGGACUUGCAGGCAGAGUGUGUGUGUGUGUGCGUGCGCACACACGCACGCACGGUGAGGUCAAGGCUGAGAAGUGUGUUUGAGAUGCUGUAAGGGAAGCUGCCCCUAAGUAAGGCCCGGUCAGACCCUCCAGCACCCACUCUGGCAGUCCAUGAGAGUAACAGGAGCCUUCCCGUGCCCAGCACCCAGUCCUAAUUUAGAGACCCCCUGAGCCCAACCACUGGUCCGGGGUCCCUGAAGC